CAAGGGCCAGGAUGUCGCGGAAGGAGCCCGAGGGUCCCGAGCAGGAGGGGGGACCUGGCAGGGACCCCAAAGAGCCUCCCGGAGAGGACUCCGACAGGCCGGAGGAGCCGCCGCUGCCGCCCUGCUCGUCGCGGUACCUGUCGGGGGUGUCGGGGCGCGUGGAGGGGCUGCGGCAGCGGGUGCAGCGCCUCAUCUCCCGCAUCAACGCCGGCCGCGAGAGCGACCACGCCGCGCUCGGCACCUUCCGCAGCUCCCUCCUGCUCCAGGUGUCGGCGCUGGCGGAGCAGCUGGAGGAGCGGCUCUUCCACCUCUACGGGCUGCACAACGAGCGCAUCCAGCGGCGCCUGCACGAGCUGGCCGAGCUCAUGGAGCGCCUGGACAGGGCCCAGGCCGAGCUGCGCCGCGUCUGCUGCUCCAUGGAGGAGGCCUGCAGGGACCUGUGCCUGCAGAACGAGCCCUGAGGGG